CGACAAGAGUAUUUCGUUUCUAAAAUAGUAAUAUUAGAUUGGCGUCGUUGCAUAGAGAGAUGGGACUAUAGUUGUGCAUAUAAAACUAGACCACAGCUGCACAUACUAGCGUAGGACUUCUAUCACACAGUGACACACACACAUAAACAACACACAACACAAUGGAAGACGCCAAGGCAACCCUAGCCAAGCAAUUGGAGCGAAGACCUUCUAAGGAGGAUCUGACCAACCGAAACAUCAUUCCAGGUGGCGCUAAGGAUCCUAUCGUAGCUGCCAAGGCCCAUGAACUGGAGCGCGCAAAGGCCGCCGAUACUCUGAAGAAGAACUUGGAGAAGCGAUCCGACAAGGAGCAGCUAGAAAAUGCUGGCAUCAUCAAGGGUGCCAAUGUUGCCCCAGCCCUUGCCGAGGCUGCUGUAGCUUUGGAGCCCAAGUUGGCGCAAGCUCAGCUGAAGAACAAGCUCAAGGAGGAUGCUGACCACGCUGUCCAAGGAAGCACAUAAUUUCUAACGAGUUUUAUCUCAUCACAGCCUUAUUUGGCGAGAAAUUAAGUGCUGCAACCUACAGGGGCGAUGUGCACAAAGCUUGUAGCAGUGUGCAUCCACUGACCGGGGUACCCAGGGGUUUAACGUAUCAAUAAAAUGGCCUCUAUAAUAUUGAUGUCGUGUACAG